UUUGAGGCAGUCGGUUAAUCCUGGACAGAACUGUUUAUAAAAGUGACAAAUCCUUCGAUCAAUGUCUGAUGAAUGAAUAUCUUAUCGCGUUGGGGUGAUUGCAUUAUUGUCGAAGGGGUUUGGAAAGUGUAACGUUUUGUUAAGUGAAAACUGGAGUCGAAUUUGUAACAGUGUAAUUAACAGAUGUUGUCGACGAACAUGAAUUACUAUAUGGUUUUCAAUCUUUGCAGCUAGUCACGCCUGUUACGAAGGGUUGAAUAUUGAAGGAGCGCUUGUAUUUCAAUCAAGAUUUAAAAUUCUUAGAUUUAGCAGCUUAAUCGAAGGACUGACAGGAACUUCAUCUUAAGACAUGACGUCGAUUUUCCUAUCAAGACAUGUCAGACAAUUGGUAAUCUUUCUUUCGGCUAUCAGUGAAGUAUACGGUCAGGCUUGCAACAUUACAAGCCCAAAAGACGACUAUGAUAUAAGUGUUCAAGUCGGAUCAAACUUUACGAUCAACAUUUCAUAUACAUGCACACCACUUGACGAAAUCGAAAGUGUGUAUUGGUAUUUUUCAAUUUAUCCUAAUGCAUAUAAAGAUAAAGUUGAACUUGUUGAGUUUUAUGAAUGGUUCUACGAAAUAUAUGAUCGUACCAUGGAUAUCCAUGUUACUGGCUCAUUCGGAAAUAGUGGCAGGUUGACAUUUACGGUAUAUAACGCUACACUAACUUCCAAUGGCACAUUUUUUGCUCUAUUGUACAAAAAAGAGAGACUUCAACCACACUAUGGAUAUCCUAUACAAAUUCUAAAAGUGGUUGUCGUUAUCAAAGGUAUUAUAACGUCAAUUUCUUCACGCACUGAACCUACUAUAGAAACCAUGAAAAUGAAUCAAUCUACAACGAAAGUAAAUCAACCUACAACGAAAGUACAUCAACCUGCAACGAAAGUAAAUCAACCUACAACAAAAGUACAUCAACCUACAACGAAAGUAAAUCAACCUACAACGAAAGUACAUCAAACUCCAACGAAAGUAAAUCAACCUACAACGAAAGUAAAUCAACCUACAACGAAAGUAAAUCGAGCUACAACGAAAGUAAAUCAACCCACAACGAAAGUAAAUCGACCUACAACGAAAGUAAAUCAACCUACAACGAAAGUACAUCGACGUACAACAGAAGCAAAACAAGCAAAAACGAAUGAAUCAACAACAAUAGUCAUAGGGUUCUCGCAUGGUAUUGGUUGGUGGUUAGUUUUGCUGUUAUCAUGUCUCAUUUUUUCUGUUGUUUUCUUCACUGUUGUUCUAUUUAUCCACUAUACUGGUAAUCCACGCAUUUCUACGUGGUACAUGCAUCUUUGCAAUGUUGGAAAAUACUGAUGGUUAGAUAUAGAUUUAUAACAAAAAACUAGUUGAGUUAUAUUAGAGUUGCAUUCUCCAUGCAUUUGACUUUAAAUUUAAUCUGACUCCUCAACAGUCCCUUGUGAUUCUGUACUCAGGAGAAUCAUCCUACGUCAGAAAAUAAUAUUUAGUAUGUAAUACUUUUUAUAUUUGGAGAGGAUCGUACAACCUCGUUCUCAGGGUCUUUUGAGGAUCGUAUAGCUUUUAUUCAACUCGUUAUUUCAUUUCCGCCAUGAUUCGCUAUAUAUGUAAAGGCGCACAUGGAGACCGGAAGCGAU